CCCAAAACAAUAAAGAAGAUGUCAAACUCUGCAAUAAUCAAAUGUUAUUUGUUUUGGAAACGGUUUAAAUAAUUGUUGACUAAUUGAUUAAGUUAAUUAUAUAACGAGUGUUAAGUGUGCGAGAGCUGUGAUCCGACCUGAACAUUUCAUGUUUUUCCAAGAAAAUCACUGUUUAUUUACAAUUCAUUAUUGAUUAUUCUCUUAUUGUUUCUCAUCUGCAAUUAGAAUAAGAUGUUAGAUUCUUCACCUGAAGAUGAAGAUUUUCCUGGAAGACUGUUACAUCAGGCAGCUUUAUGGGAUAACACCGAGUUAUUAGAGGAUCUUUUGGCUGGUGGACAGCAGUCCUUCAUCAACUCUCAAGACAGUUGGGGUAGAACACCUUUGCAUGCUGCGGCAAUCUCAGAUAAUUCUAGGUGCAUACAGAUCCUUUUGAAUACGGGAGCAGAUCCCAAUGUGAAAUGUGGUUCUCGUGGAGAAAACAAGACUCCGCUGCAUCUGAGUGCUGAAUAUGGGCACGUGAGUAAUGUGAGAAUUUUAUUGCAACACGGUGCGAGCCUCCUGGAGCGCGACAUCAAUGGGAUGACUCCUUCGGAUCUUGCAGACAAGGCUGGUCAUAACAAUUGCAUGACACUUCUUAAGGAAGCAGCUGCAGGCGGUCCUCGAAGACGGAGGGGCCCUUCUGAGCCAACGCCAAUCCGUCGCCGUGGAGGACCGGCCGUGGAUAGCGGAGCGGCCCAAAAUCCGAUCCAGGAUGGCGCGGUGCAUCUUCACGGCAAUCCUGAUGCUGGCCCUUCUCUACCUGAUCGCAUUGCUGCUCCAGAGGAAGUUCGAUUACUUGCGCGAGACCACGAAACCGGGCAAUUGAAGGAUAGCAUUUCGUGCAUUUAUCAUUCGAACAGACCUACUGCGAACGCUUCCCCUCUCGCAAUAGAGCAUCAAGUGCGAAAUGCUCGUGAAAAAGCGAGAUUGGAUAUCCAUGCAGCACUGCGAGAUGCUUGUAGCAAAGGGGAUGCAAGUUCCGUCCAUCAUUUGGUCUCUUCGCUCCAGAAAGAUGCGGAGCUCAUCGUCAAUAUGGCUCCAACAGGAUCAAACACGUUACUUUUUCUUGCCUGUCAAAGCGGAAGUGAGGAAAUCGUUAAGCUGCUAAUCGAGAACGGUGCAGAUGGUAGAUACCACCCGGUGACCAAAUACUCUCCUUUGUACAUAGCCUGUUACCACGGUCAUUUUGAAAUCGUAGAAAUCUUGCUGAACCGAUUUCCAGAAUUAGUACAACAACAUACAGUAGAAAAGUGGCUUCCGAUCCACGCCUGCUCCAUUAACGAGCACUCGGCCACCUUGGAACUUCUGUUUAAUUUCCCAUAUCCCACGCACGUUCUGCGGAAAUUCAAAGAUGUAACGGAUCAGUGGGAAUAUUAUAUGGCUUUCGAUGUGAACGAAAGGGAUGCGACUGGUCAGAACAUCCUGUACGUGGCGUGUCUGCUGGGCAACAAGAAAUUGCUGGAUCUGAUAUUGAAAUUCAAAGUAAAAGCCACGAGGAUCAGAGUGGAUGAGGACGCAACGCCGAGCUCCGAGACCAGUUCUUUGGUUAGUCCGACGAAGAGGCGCAUCUCCAAUGGGAUACAAUCAAUCCUCUCCAAGCUGAGCCUAUCUCGUGAGAACUCCAUGGAAAAUGCACAGAACCUUGACGCUGAUAACAGCUACAUCUGCCCAUUAAAAGUGGAUAUGUAUUGUAACAAUAACACGGAGACGGCGUUACACGCUGCCGUCAAAGGCAAACAUUAUGACAUAGCUUUAUCUUUGCUAAACGCAGGAGCUAAUCCCAACAUGAUAAUAAAGGCGUAUUUAGAUUACAACGAGAGUAUAAGCUGUAGUUCGGUGGAAGAGGAUUUGAAUUCUGGACAAUCCACGGCCUUGAUGGAGGCUUGCAAAAACCGCGAUGUUCCUUUAGUGGAAUUGUUAUUGAGAUGCGGCGCCAGAGAUGAUGAGUGUAAAGCCCUUUCGGUUGCUGUACAAAAUAGGGAUGAGAUUUUAUCCGCCAAGCUUCUCUCCACCAAAGCGCAUCCAGAUCCGGAGUUCAAGAUAAACAAGAAAGCUAUGGCCGAUAACAUUCAUUCCUCGCAGUUCUCGCUCUUCUCCAACGUGACAAAUCUAACUUACAGCACGAUCUUUCCUAAUACUCCGACGAUGAUUAAUUGGCACAACCAGAGAUGCCAUUUAACUCAGAUACGAACCCAGUGGCUCACGGAUGCUGCUCUUCAUCUGAACACUAAGCUGAAGCAGAAUCCGAGGAGCGCUGAAGUGGCGUUGUACGCCAUCACCCGUUUAGAUAUAUCCAACAAUUCGUUGAAAUCUGUACCUCUCGCUGUAUUCCAACUAUACAGUUUGAAAUUCUUGAACAUUUCGCAAAACAAAAUCGAAAAAUUGCCUGUACCUGUGGAGAAAACCGAACGCAAGUUGCAUAGACUAAAGAAGAACAAGAUCGAGGAUUUGGACUACUCUUGUCCCGUCCUGGAAGAGCUGUAUUUGCAGGACAAUCGCUUGGAUAGCAUCUCGGAGGCUAUCUUUCGACUUCCGAAUCUCGUCACUUUGGUGGUCUCCAAUAACAAGCUUCAGCAGCUCUCGUAUAACAUGUGGUUGGCACCGAAACUGAAAGAGCUGAACGCCUCGUUUAAUCUGCUGAAAGAACUACCCACGUACGCAAACGAUAAUGCCAAAGAUGACUUUGAUAAGAUGAGCGUCAGCUCAAGCGAUAGUCAGCUUUCCAUUCACGCCGAAGUCGAUCUCGAAACUGAAAUGAGCGACGCUGAUACGGAAAUGGAAGAUGGGAAGUUGCCGGUUAGAUAUAAGAAGAAAGAGCGAAGUUUGAUACAACUUGAUGUUAACAAGCAUCAUAUAUGGAGUAAGAGCGUCGAAGUUACCGAACAGAUACUGCAUAACGACGAUUCGAUAGCAGAAAAAUCUUCACAGCUAUCCUCGUUGAAUUUAGCGCAUAAUCUGUUUACGAGUGUGCCGGUCGUUUUGCCGUGUCUUGCCGUUAAUCUGACGCGAUUGAAUUUGGCCUUUAAUUCUUUACGCUCGAUGUCUCACAUCACCAGCUAUCCGAGCUCUUUGAAGCAAUUGGAUUUGAGCCACAACAAGAUUUCGGUUUGGCCCAGUUUGCCGCAGGUCGAGGCCCAAGACGUAAUGGAGCAAGCCAAUUUGGCGUGCUAUUCCAAUAGCGGUACCAAAGACAAAUUACCUAUGAUGGCUGGUAGGAGGCAAUCUGGAAGAUCGGUGAGGAAUAUAGUAUUGCACACAGUUUGCUCUCAUCGAAGACACUUGCGUUUGGACAAUCUUAGGACAUUGAUAUUAACCGAUAAUCACUUGUAUAGGAUACAAUUGGCCACGGACGAUGAUGGUGACUUCAGCAACAUCGAUGAGGACGAUUCCGAGAGAAGCGUUUUAUUAAGCAAGCAAAGACUGAUGUUCCCAAACCUAUCGAUGCUCGACAUAAGCAACAACUACCUGAAGGAGAUUCCGCACAAUAUUUUCGAGCUGAGCAACCUGUCCGUGCUGAAUAUCAGCGGCAAUUUGGAUAUAAACGAACUCCCACCACAGAUGGGAUUGCUCUCUAGGUUAUGGAAUCUAAACACGCGAGGUUGUUCCUUACAGGAACCUCUAAAAUCCAUGAUCGACAGCAAAAAAUACAAAACAAUGGACAUCAUCGGAUAUUUGAAAUCAGUGCUGGAGGAUGCGAGACCGUACGCCCGGAUGAAGUUGAUGAUUGUCGGUAUCCAAGGUAUCGGGAAAACAAGCCUUUUGGAGCAGCUGAGACAAGAGGGCAUCUCCAGACGUAAACCCGAGCAUUGGGCUAAGCGAAUGGGCAACAAGAAUAUAAACGUUAAAACCUCGAGGGGGACGAACAUGUCCACGGUGGGUGUUGACAUCGGUGAUUGGGUGUACGAGAAGAAGAUUCGGAAUCAGUCGUCUCAUGGACCUGUCAUCUUUCGCACCUGGGAUUUCGGUGGACAAAAAGAGUACUACGCAACGCAUCAGUACUUUCUAUCGAAAAGAAGUUUGUAUCUUGUGGUUUGGAAAAUUUCGGAUGGUUACAAGGGAAUUAACGAAAUCCUCCAGUGGCUCGUGAAUAUUCAAGCGCGAGCACCGAAUUCUCCAGUGUUAAUUGUUGGGACGCACUACGACGUGGUUCAAGAUACGAAUCCGAAUAUGUCCGAAGAAUACCAGCAAGUGAUUCGGGAUAAAUUCAUUAAUAUAGUGGAUGCCGAGAAGUGCGGUUUACCGCGAGUGUUGGAUACGAUAGAAGUCAGCUGCAAAACGCGACAUAACGUUAAAUUACUCUGCAAUUUGAUCUACGAUACCGUAUUUAGUUUACGUCCUCCAGGAAGCAAAGAAUUGCUCUUGGAACAAAAAGUACCUGCCACCUAUUUAGCUUUAGAAGACGUAGUUAAUUACAUAGCGACUGAGAGGAGGGUGAACAAUAUGGAUCCAGUUUUGAACGCGGAUCAGUAUAGAUCUAUAGUGACGACGGAGAUGCAGCAGCGCUACAAUCGGACGUUUAGGGACGCUGCAGAGUUGCAUCAAGCAACCCUUUUCUUACAUGACAAUGGCGUUUUACUGCAUUAUGAUGACGCCACUUUGAAGGACUUAUACUUUUUGGAUCCACAAUGGCUUUGCGAUAUGUUGGCUCAUGUGGUAACGAUUCGCGAGAUAAACCCUUUCGCUCGUACCGGUAUCAUGAAGUUAGACGAUCUGAAGCAUAUCUUCAAAGCCAGCAACAUCGGACCUAUGGAUACCAGAGGUUACAUAGUGAAUCUGCUGAACAAAUUCGAGGUGGCUUUAACUUGGGAUUCUCGGACACUCUUAAUCCCGUCGCUGUUGCCAUCAGAAGAGGAAAUCCAUAUGGCUCAGAUGUUUCCGGGCCAAUUUCAUCCAAUGGUUAAAGUGAAAGUGCCUUUGAGAUCCAGAGGUUGGGCUGUGAGAAAUAAAAAGAUCACAGUUUCGCCGAAAUCUGUUUUGUACAGAGAUAGCAGCGCACCGGGCCGAUUUGAGAUGAGUCUACCAUCGAGUUCAAAGGCGACAGUUGAGGAACCAGCGGAAUUGAUUAAAUAUCAUGUAACAUCCGCAUCGAGUAACAAAUCCAUUAUGCGAUUAUUACUCAUGUCCUAUUUUCCUUCCGGAUUUUGGUCGAGGCUCAUGUCCAGGAUUCUUGCAGAUGAUAGCAUUAUAGACAUCAUUCGUUCCUUCUUCAUAUUCCCCAAAGAAGUUACGCAAGAUUUGGAGCUCAUGAAGUUGUUGGAUUUCAAAGCUGAGUGGGUCUUGUGGCAGACCGGUCUACAACUUAAAUACGGCGACAUUACUUUGUUCAGAUUGCGCGAAGUGUUACACAAUUCAGCCGCUCACUACAAACAAUUAAAAAUUAAACUGCAGCAGGAUGGAGUUUGGUGCGACGUGGAUUUGCAGAAUACGUCGAUCCUGGAAAUCUAUUUCCCGGUGGAAUCUCUUGUGAUUAAGCCGAAUUACACGGAGAGGAACGAGUUUUAUAGGUUUAAGGUUAAAAAGGAUCUGACGAUCGAAAGCAUUCCUGAAUCCACGGCACAGCUGUUAGCCUUGGCUGUUGAUCAUAUCGACAUCCUUUUGGAGGAUUGGUAUCCAACGUUGGGCACGCGAUUUGUGCACACGUCGGAAGGAAAGUUCUUGAUCACAAGAUUGGUUCCGUGUCCCAAGUGCCUUUCCACCUCAACAGAUGUUGAGCAACAUUUAAUCAACUUCCCAGGCGAACCUCCAAAAUACCUCUCAGAAUUUGAAACUAACGAAUCUUAUGGAAUGGACAACAUGAUUAGGAAAUCUCAAGAGUCUUACACCUCUGAAUGCGAUAGUGGAGUUGGUCCGGAUUCCCCUGGAUCGAGUCCUAUGCCUACGGUGGAAGGACAUAUCAACGAAACGUUGGAAGAAUCUCCAAAUCAAGUUUAUUACAGUUGGAUGGUGGAGGAAUGCAUUUUGGCUGCUUACAAUGAUAAGAUCGUGACGUGCCCAACUCACGCUAAUUUACCUUUGAGCCAGAUUGCGCCUGACACAAUAUUUUUGGAUUUGGGUGAUAGGCAUUUGAUAAAGCCGGAGAACAUCAAGAAGGGUCGACUGUUGGGACGCGGAGCGUUCGGUUUUGUUUUUAAGGGAACGUGCAAGAACCGUGGUUCGAACACCAUCAUCGAUGUUGCAAUGAAGAUGUUGCAACCCGUCCAGCCUGGUCCAAAUGCUCGACAAUCCGCUGUUAUUGCAUACAAAGCGGCGCAAGGGAAAUGGGAUAGAGAUCCUUUGCAGUAUGCUUGCAAAGCAUAUUGCACUGCGAGACAAGAGUUGAACAUCUUGCUGUCUUUGAGGCAUCCAAACAUCGUUCCUUUCGUUGGAGUUUGCACGAGUCCUCUAGCUUUGGUCUUGGACUUGGCACCUCAAGGGGCGUUGGAUUUGGUUUUGAGGCAUUACAGACGAUCAGGUGCUAAAGUUGGCGUUUACACUUUGCAAUCGAUAAUCUUACAAGUGGCGAAAGCUAUCGAGUAUUUGCACCGGCAACAUAUCAUUUACAGAGAUCUGAAAUCUGAAAACGUGUUGGUGUGGGAGAUGCCACCGCCUUUCAUGGAUCACCCCGAUCAUCUCGUCCAUAUAAAAGUUGCCGAUUACGGUAUAAGCAGAUUAACCUUACCAUCGGGAACUAAAGGAUUUGGUGGAACCGAAGGUUUCAUGGCUCCUGAAAUAAUGCGUUACAACGGCGAAGAGGAGUAUACGGAGAAAGUAGACUGUUUCUCUUUCGGAAUGUUCGUUUACGAGCUUUUAACGUUGCACCAACCCUUCGAAGGGCAUGAAUCCGUGAAAGAGUGCAUUUUGGAAGGCGGGAGACCACCUUUAACUUACAGAGAAACGUUGUAUCCGAGUUACUUCUUGGAUUUGAUGGUUCUUUGCUGGUCUCAGCAGCCUAAAGAUCGUCCAUCUGCGAGUCAGAUAGUUUCAAUUGCGAGUGCACCAGAAUUCACUCAUCUCAGCGAUGUUAUGUCUUUGAAACAUCAAGCUCCAGUCGUCGCUUCCACGAGCGCUCCAAUCUCUCACAUAUCAGAUGAUGGUUUAUCAGGAUCGGAAAUGUGGUUGAUGUGUGCCAAUUCUCGAAUCGAUCUUUUAUUGGCCGCUGAUCGUGGUUGGUUGCAAUACCACACAAUGGCUUUACCUAUUAAACCCACAGCUUCAUGUACCGUUGGACCAACUAUAUGGAUUGGGGAUUACAUUGGAAGGAUUCACGCGUAUUCUGUAACUGAUGGUUAUAAAAUAUUUUCGUACGCUCUUGAAAGCGAAGAGAAUACAUCGAUACAAGCUCUUUUAUACUUACCUAGUUUGAAGCGCGUGGCUUGCGCUCUUUCCAAUGGUCGACUGUUUCUCUUGAACUCUGAGACGAUACCAAGGACGCCGUCUUCGGCGGAAGGAACGUUCGUGAUGACGGAGUUGGGCGCAAGCACAGUGAUAAAUUGUCUUUGCGCUUUGUACAAAGAGAGCGAUAAUGUAUGCGAGUUAUGGAGUGGACAAUCCAUGGGACAGAUUUCCAUAUACACGAUUAAGGAUCAAGUUGUGGCCGGGCACGAGAUGCUUAAUCAUUUUCAACCAAUCAUCGACUCUGUGGAUGUGGUGAAUAUGGUGUCUGCGGAUAACUCGGUGUGGUCUUACGUGUAUCCCGGUUGCAUUAUUUACCAAUGGGAUCAGAAGACGCGAACGAUAAUCAACAAAUUGGAUAGCUCGAAGCUGGUGCCUUGCUCGGAGAGCUUGAAGUCCAUUGCGAUCGAGGAGCAUCUUAGUCCUACCAAUUGUCAGGUCACCAGUCUUGCAGUUCUGAACGAUGAACUGUACAUUGGAACCACUUGGGGUUGCAUCAUCAUAGCGGAACGAGCCACGUUACGUCCGAUCACCAUAUUCCGGCCUUACGAGGAGGACGUCAGAGCCAUCGUACCUUUGUCCAGAUGCAAGAGUUCCAACGAGAGCCACGACAACACCCCUCUGAUAGCAACCAUCGGAAGAGGUUACAGGAGUUUACCGUCCCGUUACUUGGACGUCGCAGUCAACAUCGGCCACACACUUCCAAGUCCAGUUUCUUCCACCUCGCCCACAUUGCUCAGCAAGCAAAACAUGUUCGUUCUUCUCUGGAGAGCCGAACAUUGGAGCACGAUGUAAAUACUUGUAUCACACAUACUGUGACAUCCUCGCGUUCCCACACGAUCUUUACUACCAUUCAUUCAAUUUUUACCCAAUAUAAUUAUUUUUCUUUAUAAAAGCAAUAGUUUAGACACUAAAGGAACGUGACGGACGCACAUUACUCUUCAGACAUUCAAAGUAUUACAAAGUAGUUGUUAUUAAUACUCUCUUUUAUUUCCUUGUACGGAUCGAAAUAGUUCUAGUUAUUUCUUCUUGAUAUUAUACAUACUGUCGACUGUUAAAAGAACAAAGAAAAAAGUAAUAGUAAACGUGUAUCCUAUUAGCGAAUGGCUCUAAAAAAAAUUAUUUUUAUUAUUUAUGACGUAAAUUGAAUAGACUGUUUCGUUUGAAAAUCGAGUCUUAACUCGAGAUUGUAUUAA